CCCAGCGCGCGACACCUUCGUAAAACUAGUUCCGCGAACGGGCUAUCGCUGUGAGGAGCGUGAGGAUGAAGAUCAACAACAAGACUUGACUCUUGCAAAAGCAUAACGUGUUUCCAUCUUUAGGCGUAGACAUGUUGUAACCUGUUUUCAUGUAUGGUGUUGAUCCACAUGAAGAAGAUGUAUGAAGAAAAAACGUCAGAUCUUUGAAGGUCAAAGCUGUCUGAAUCUUUGUCAUGGAAAUAAAAAGUCAAACACAGAUAAGUGACACUAACAUCGACAAAAACACUGGAUGUGAGAGCGAACUUCUCGAAACAAGUCAUCCCCAGAAAAAUGUGGAGGAUGGGAAUGGAGUUAAGUUGUAUGAGUGUAGUGAGUGUGGAAAAGAAUUCAACAGAACAGGAAACCUGAAGACCCACAUGAUGUAUCACACUGGAGACAAGCCGUACGAGUGUGUUGAGUGUGGGAAAGCAUUUACUCAAUCGAGUAACUUGCAGAAACAUAUGCGACUUCACAGUGGAGUCAAGCCUCAUCAGUGUAUCGAGUGUGGGAAAGCAUUUACACAAUUAGGUCACCUGCAGACACACAUGAAGUGUCACAGUGGGAUCAAGCCUUUUGAGUGUGGUGAAUGUGGGAAAACAUUCACACGAUUAGGGAAUCUUCAGACACACAUGAGGUGCCAUAGUGGAGUCAAGCCUUAUGAAUGUAGUGAGUGUGGGAAAGCGUUUACUAUAUCAAGUAACCUGACCACUCACAUGAAGCGACACAAUGGCAUCAAGCCGUUUGAGUGCAGUGAGUGUGGGAAAGCAUUCACAACUUGUAAUCAGCUUGAGCGACACAUGCGGUUUCACAGUGGAGUCAAGCCGUACCAGUGUGGGGAAUGUGGGAAAACAUUUGCAGAAUCGGGGAAUCUGAAGACCCACAUGAGAAGUCACAGUGGAGAGAAGCCUUAUGAAUGUACAGUGUGUGGCAAACAAUUAGCACGAUCAGGAAGUCUGAACGAACACAUGAAGUCUCACAGUGGUGUGAGACCUUACGUGUGUCGUGAGUGUGGGAAAGCAUUUACAACUGCAGGUAACUUGAAGACACACAUGAGGUUUCACAACAGAGUCAGAAAGGUCAAGUCCUAUGACUGCAGUGUGUGUGGUAAAGAGUUUAGAAAUUCAGGUCUCCUCCAGAGACACAAAAGGUGUCACAGCAGAGCAUCCCCCAAGGACGCAGUUUAAAUUAAAUGUCUGUCUAAAUGUCAUGCAUUUAGAACCAACAAAGUUUGUAUAUCAUUUUUAUCGAAGGCUUGACCAUAUUGUACAGGUGGAGCAUUCAUCACAUUUUGUCUGACUAAAGAGUGAGUGAGUGAGUUGGGAUAAACGCUGCUUUUAACAGUAUUCCAGUUACAUCACGGCGUGUCAGCUAAAUGUGGGAGGAAAGCCCGAAGUGAUGCAGGCCUCAGACGUUUAC